AUGUCUUACGGUGGCUACGGUUCAUCAAGAGACGGCGGUUAUUCUAAUGGUUACGGCGGCGGCCAUGGCGGCUAUUCCAACGGAUACACCAACGGCUACGGCGGUUCCAACGGAUACUCUGGCGGCGGCGGCGGCGACAAGAUGUCCAACCUGGGCGCUGGCCUGAAGCAGCAAACUUGGGAUCUGAACAAUCUACCAAAAUUCGAAAAGUCAUUCUACAAGGAGGAUCCCAUAGUUACGGCCAGGUCACAACGCGAUGUCGAUGAGUUCCGCAGAAAAAAUGAGAUCACAGUUCAAGGUCGCAAUGUCCCACGACCAGUCGAAACUUUCGAUGAAGCCGGAUUUCCCAGUUAUGUCAUGUCUGAAGUCAAGGCCCAAGGCUUCACAAAACCCACUCCGAUUCAAUCUCAAGGCUGGCCUAUGGCUCUUUCUGGUCGUGAUGUCGUCGGUAUUGCCGAGACCGGAUCAGGCAAGACCUUGACCUACUGCCUUCCCGCAAUCGUUCACAUCAAUGCUCAGCCACUCCUUGCCCCUGGUGAUGGUCCCAUUGUCCUUGUUCUUGCCCCGACUCGAGAACUCGCCGUUCAAAUCCAGCAAGAAAUCACCAAAUUCGGCAAAUCUUCCCGGAUCAGGAACACUUGCGUCUAUGGAGGUGUUCCUAAGGGUGGGCAGAUCCGCGACCUUACUAGGGGUGUGGAAGUGUGCAUCGCUACUCCGGGCCGUCUCAUUGACAUGCUCGAGUCUGGAAAGACAAACCUGCGCCGCGUCACUUACUUGGUUCUCGAUGAAGCUGACCGUAUGCUGGACAUGGGCUUCGAGCCACAAAUCCGCAAGAUUAUUGGCCAAAUCCGUCCCGAUCGACAAACCUGCAUGUGGUCCGCAACGUGGCCCAAGGAAGUCCGACAGCUGGCCUCCGACUAUCUCAAUGACUUCAUCCAGGUCAAUAUCGGCUCGAUGGAUUUGUCGGCAAAUCACCGGAUUACACAAAUUGUCGAAGUUGUGUCCGAAUUCGAGAAGAGAGAUCGUAUGAUCAAGCACCUUGAGCAGAUCAUGGAAGAUCGCAACAACAAAGUCCUCAUAUUCACUGGCACCAAACGUGUGGCUGACGAAAUCACUCGAUUUUUGCGUCAAGACGGAUGGCCCGCACUCUCUAUUCACGGUGACAAGCAACAGAAUGAACGUGACUGGGUCUUGAACGAAUUCAAAACUGGCAAGAGCCCAAUCAUGGUCGCUACGGAUGUCGCAUCCCGUGGUAUCGAUGUUCGAGAUAUCACUCAUGUGUUGAACUAUGACUAUCCCAACAACUCGGAGGAUUAUGUUCACCGAAUCGGCAGAACAGGUCGAGCUGGCAAAAAGGGCACAGCCAUCACGCUCUUCACUACAGAAAAUGCCAAGCAAGCUCGUGACCUACUUUCGGUCCUCCAGGAGUCGAAGCAAAGCAUCGAACCUCGUCUCGCAGAAAUGGCACGCUACUCUGGCGGCGGUGGCGGCGGCCGUGGCUAUGGUGGCCGUGGCGGUCAUCGUGGAGGCCGUGGCGGUUUCACUGCUUCCAACGCUGCGCCCCUUGGCCGGUCCAGGUGGUAA